AGGCGCCGGCUCGUCGCCUUGCUUCGGACGCCCACCACGCCGUCGGUCCUCGACGGUCGCAGGGCUACCCCGACGUUUCGCAAGCAACAUGGCUGAUUCGCAAGUUUUGAGCUCGCCGCUGUUUGCGAGGGCGCCGUCGGCACAGGCGCAAUCGCCUGGCAUAUAUACAGCGGCGGGAGCCAGGCGCGGACUCACGACUCCUUCGCUGUCUUACCUGGAUCAGCUACGCGUCACCGAGGCGCUCCUCGCGCGCGACCACGCCGUAUACCAGAUGGAAAGCGUAUGCGCGUCGAACCGUACUAAGGAGGCCGUCAUCGUGCAGUUGCGCCACGAGAAAGAGAACCUCGAGGCGAAGCUCGCGUCUGAGAUGAUACCAGCAGAAAGCGACACGGAACGCUGCAAGGAGAUCGAGAUGUUACGCAAGUCAAAUACCGAAUUAACAGCGAAACUGGAGUCGCUGUCGUUGCAUCCUGAGGGGACACCGACGAUGUUGGCUAUGGCAAUGCAGUUGUCUCCCAAUUUGCCUCACGAACUGCUGAGCCCUUCCAUUGCCAACUACCGUAUUUUCCAAGAGAAAACGACCUGCUGGUGCCCCGUCCGCGAAGAGCAUGGCUACUACCUCACACCCUUCUUCAAAUGCAGCACCAACCCUCGAGUUAUCACUGCGCAUCGUUGGCAUGCUGUCGAUCUAGAUAGCGAGAUUAACCGACCCACUGAGUGCUUCUUCAACAAAGAAGGGAAAUGGUACUACGCCGGAGUCUAUAAGACGUUUAGACUGCGAGAUAUUGCGCCUCAAGAGUGGAUCAAGCUACCCGCCGAGACCACGCAAGUUCUGGUGAAGGAAACGGUCGCGCAUCGCAAGAACGUCUCCCCGCAGAACAUCUACGAGGUCGGCCAGCUCUACGCCGCUGGAGCGCUCAAGGCGGCGUGCAUCGGGCUCCAGUGCAUUGGAUUCAACGAUACGCUCUACAAAGGACUCCUCGCGCAGGCGGAAUUGUGUGCAAAGACGGGGCGUUGGCGCGGACUGCCUGGCAGCGUCGGGCUCGGGACUGGCGCUAUCUGGAACGCAAAUGCUAAUGUUGGACCGGGACUUGGAUCUACGCCUUCUGGACCUGCUGGACCUACCGGGACUGGAGGCGACGCUGUCGGUAUGAUUGGAUUGAGUGACGCCUAGGCUUUCGCUUGAAGACGCGACUACGACUUCGAAGAUGCAAAGUGAAGAUGAUCGACUGUUUUCGCGCGGAUCGACUCUCGCCUUUCAGCAGACCUCGACACCAUCGACUGUUUACAUUACACCUGUGUUUUACCAACAUGAUUUUGUCUCACGACGCUGUAUUCUGUGUCCCUGUCUCGUUGAAUAUAUGCAUACAAUCGAUACCCAUCUGUCUUCUAUCCUAGUAUCGUAAGGACCGAACUUAAGGAACAAUCUCGUUGAGCAAACUGCCCCUGCCACGAGGAGUAUGAGUUCACUAAUAUUGUGAUAUCAAACCGCUUCAU